AUGAGUAACUGUAAGGUGGCAGGCGUCAAUGUCUCCGACCUUGAUGUCGUGGUGCCAAACUGCCAUGCAGAGGAGAGGUUAGCCUUGUUGCAAUUCAAAGAUAGCUUUAUGAUAAACAAGUCUGCUUCCAUAAAUCCCUAUCCUAAGGUUUCAUCCUGGACUCUAAAUGAUUGCUGCUCAUGGGACGGGGUUGAGUGCGACGAGCACACAGGUCAUGUGAUUGGCCUUGAUCUCAGCAGAAGCUGUCUCUACGGUUCUUUUGACUCCAACAGCAGCCUUUUCCGCCUUCUUCAACUUCAAAAGCUUAACUUAGCUUAUAAUCAUUUCAAUUACUCUCAAAUCCCAUUUCGAGUUGCCCAUUUUUUGAGGUUGGCAUAUCUCGAUCUCUCCCAUUCUGUGUUCUCUGGACGAAUACCACAAAGCUUGGCAAAUUUAUCUUUCUUGACGGAUCUCCGUCUAGAUAACUGUGCACUGUAUGAAGAAUUCCCAACCACAAUAUUUUACCUACCAAACCUACAACAUCUUAGCAUAGGAGACAAUCAAGACAUUACUGGUCAUUUGCCCGAACUUCACAAAGUAGUUCCCUCGAGAUCUAUCCCGCCUUCUGUCAGUAACCUCACCCAACUCAAUUUCCUAGACCUCCCAGAUAACACUUUUACAGAAAAUGGCUUGAGUGGGAUGGUGGAGCUAGACGUAUUUCUUAAGCUCAAAAAUUUAAGUGUACUUAUGCUGUCAUCUAACAAUUUGUACGUACUUACCAAAACCAGUUCAAAUGACACGCUUCCACAGUUUCACACUCUAGCAUUGGGUUCUUGCAGCUUAAGCAAGUUCCCAGUUUUUUUGAAAAACCAAAGCAACUUGAUUUGGCUGGAUCUAAGAGGCAAAAAUUUUCAAGGCUUAAUACCCAAAUGGAUGUAUAAUGUUAGUGUAGAAGCUCUUCGGGCUCUGUUUCUUGAUGGAAACUUUCUGACGGCCUUUGAGCAAACACCAGCCGUUCUCCCAUGGCGUAUUGUAGAACUUUAA